UUCUCCAAGUGCCGUUUCGGUUUAAUCUAGUGUGUGACUGUGAGUCUGUGUGAGGGAGCGAAUGUGUGUGAGGUACUGAGGUGAGGCGGAGGCAGAAAAAGGGGCUCCCUUAGGAGCCAGGGACAAAGGGGGUGUGAGGCACCCAGGCCACGGGACCUGGGCGACAGGAAGCCGCCCCGAGCCGGUCUACCGGGUAGGGGAAGGGCCCGCGCAGUCCUCUCAGGGCCGAAGUCGGCCCCACAGCCCCGGGCCGCCGGCUUCCUACUUCCUCGACCGCUCCGGCCCCCGGGCUUGAGGAUUGGCUCGACGAGGGGAGAAAGGGAAACAGACUUGAGCAGCUACCCGUUGUCUCGCAACUCCACUGCUGAGGAACUCUCAUUUCUUCCCUCGCUCCUUCAACCCCCCCUCAUGUAGGAGGGUGCUGAGGAGUCGGGAGGGAGGAGGAGCCUGGGCUGCCGUUCCUUCCCUCCCCACCCCCUUCUAGGGGCGCUUUGGUGGGCGUGGAGUUGGGGUUGGGGGGGAGGGUGGGGGUUACUUUUUGGAGUGCUGGGGAACUUUUUCCCCUUCUUCAGGCCAGGGGAAAGGGAAUGCCCAAUUCAGAGAGACAUGGGGGCAAGAAGGACGGGAGUGGGGGAGCUUCUGGAACUUUGCAGCCGUCAUCGGGAGGUGGCAGCGCCAACAGCAGAGAGCGUCACCGCCUGGUAUCGAAGCACAAGCGGCAUAAGUCCAAGCACUCCAAAGAGAUGGGGUUGGUGACCCCCGAAGCGGCAUCCUUGGGUACAAUUAUCAAACCUCUGGUGGAGUAUGAUGAUAUCAGCUCUGAUUCCGACACCUUCUCUGAUGACAUGACCUUUAAACUAGACAGAAGGGAGAAUGAUGAACGCCGUGGGACUGAUCGGAGUGACCGCCUGCACAAACAUCGUCACCACCAGCACAGGCGUUCCCGGGACUUACUAAAAACCAAGCAGACCGAAAAAGAAAAAAACCAGGAAGUCUCCAGUAAGUCGGGAUCGAUGAAGGACCGGACAUCUGGAAGUUCAAAGCGUUCGAAUGAGGAGAAUGAUGACCAUGGAAAGGCACAGAUACCCAAAAACAGCAGCAAGGAAUCCAGGUCAUCCAAACUCCGUAAGGAAAAGACCCGGAAAGAACGUGAAUUGAAGUCUGGGCACAAAGACCGGAGUAAAAGUCAUCGGAAAAGGGAAACACCCAAAAGUUACAGAACAGUGGACAGCCCAAAACGGAGAUCCAGGAGUCCCCACAGGAAGUGGUCUGACAGCUCCAAGCAAGAUGAUAGCCCCUCAGGAGCUUCUUAUGGCCAAGAUUAUGACCUUAGUCCUCCAAGAUCUCACACCUCUAGCAAUUAUGACUCCUACAAGAAAAGUCCUGGGAGUACCUCAAGAAGGCAGUCAGUUAGCCCACCUUACAAGGAGCCUUCGGCCUACCAGUCCAGUACCCGGUCACCCAGUCCCUACAGUAGAAGACAGAGGUCUGUGAGUCCCUAUGGCAGGAGACGGUCAUCCAGCUAUGAACGGAGUGGCUCUUAUAGUGGGAGAUCACCCAGUCCCUAUGGUCGAAGGCGGUCCAGCAGCCCUUUCAUGAGCAAGCGGUCUCUGAGUCGGAGUCCACUCCCCAGUAGGAAAUCCAUGAAGUCCAGAAGUAGAAGUCCUGCGUAUUCAAGACACUCAUCUUCUCAUGGUAAAAAGAAGAGAUCCGGCUCACACAGUCGUCAUUCCAGUAUCUCACCAGUCAGGCUUCCACUGAAUUCCAGCCUGGGAGCUGAACUCAGUAGGAAAAAAAAGGAAAGAGCAGCUGCUGCUGCGGCAGCAAAAAUGGAUGGAAAAGAAUCCAAAGGUUCACCUAUAUUUUUGCCUAAAAAAGAGAACAGUUCAGUAGAGGCUAAGGAUUCAAGUGUGGAGUCUAAAAAGUUACCCAGAUGUGUAAAAUUGGAAAAGUCUGCCCCAGAUACUGAACUGGUGAAUGUAACACAUCUAAACACAGAGGUCAAAAAUUCUUUAGAUACAGGGAAAGUGAAGCUGGAUGAGAACUCUGAGAAGCAUCCUGUUCUUAAAGAGUUGAAAGCACAGGGAACAAGAGACUCUAAACCCAUAGCAUUGAAAGAGAAGAUUGUUACUCCAAAAGAGACAGAGACAUCAGAAAAGGAGACCCCACCAACUCUCCCCACAAUUACUACUCCUCCACCCCCUUUACCGACUACUACCCCUCCACCUCAGACACCCCCUUUGCCACCUUUGCCUCCACUACCAGCUGUUUCGCAGCAGCAGCCACCUCUGCCUCCUCCCCAACUAGGAUUUAGUCAGGUUCCUGCUUCCAGUUCUUCAACUUUGCCCACUUCUACUCAUGCAAGGACAUCUGCUCUAUCCUCUCAGGCAAAUUCUCAGCCCCCUGUACAGGUUUCUGUGAAGACUCAAGUAUCUAUAACAGCUGCUAUUCCACACCUGAAAACUUCAACGUUGCCUCCUCUGCCCCUGCCACCCUUAUUACCUGGAGAUGAUGACAUGGAUAGUCCAAAAGAAACUCUUCCUUCAAAACCGAUAAAGAAAGAGAAAGAACAGAGGACACGUCAUUUACUUACAGACCUUCCUCUCCCUCCAGAGCUCCCUGGUGGGGAUCCAUCUCCCCCAGAUUCUCCAGAACCAAAGGCAAUCACACCACCUCAGCAACCAUAUAAAAAGAGACCAAAAAUUUGUUGUCCUCGUUAUGGAGAAAGAAGACAAACAGAAAGUGACUGGGGGAAACGCUGUGUGGACAAGUUUGACAUUAUUGGGAUUAUUGGAGAGGGAACCUAUGGCCAAGUAUAUAAAGCCAAGGACAAAGACACAGGAGAACUGGUGGCUCUGAAGAAGGUGAGACUAGACAAUGAGAAAGAGGGCUUCCCAAUCACAGCCAUUCGUGAGAUCAAAAUCCUUCGUCAGUUAAUCCAUCGAAGUGUUGUUAACAUGAAAGAAAUUGUCACAGAUAAACAAGAUGCACUGGAUUUCAAGAAGGACAAAGGUGCCUUUUACCUUGUGUUUGAGUAUAUGGACCAUGACUUAAUGGGACUGCUAGAAUCCGGUUUGGUGCACUUUUCUGAGGACCAUAUCAAGUCGUUCAUGAAACAGCUAAUGGAAGGACUGGAUUACUGUCACAAAAAGAAUUUCCUGCAUCGGGAUAUUAAGUGUUCUAACAUUUUGCUGAACAACAGUGGGCAAAUCAAACUAGCAGAUUUUGGACUUGCUCGGCUCUAUAACUCUGAAGAGAGUCGCCCUUACACAAACAAAGUUAUUACCCUGUGGUACCGACCUCCGGAACUACUGCUGGGAGAAGAGCGUUACACGCCAGCCAUAGAUGUUUGGAGCUGUGGAUGCAUCCUUGGGGAACUAUUCACAAAGAAGCCUAUUUUUCAAGCCAAUCUGGAACUGGCUCAGCUAGAACUGAUCAGCCGACUCUGUGGUACCCCUUGUCCAGCUGUGUGGCCUGAUGUUAUCAAGCUGCCCUACUUCAACACCAUGAAACCGAAGAAGCAAUAUAGAAGGCGUCUACGAGAAGAAUUCUCCUUCAUUCCUUCAGCAGCACUUGAUUUAUUGGACCACAUGCUGACACUAGAUCCUAGCAAGCGUUGCACAGCUGAACAGACCCUACAGAGUGACUUCCUUAGAGAUGUUGAGCUCAGCAAAAUGGCUCCUCCAGACCUCCCCCACUGGCAAGAUUGCCAUGAAUUGUGGAGUAAGAAACGGCGUCGUCAGCGACAAAGUGGUGUUGUGGUAGAAGAGCCACCUCCAUCCAAAGCCCCUCGAAAAGAAACUACCUCAGCGACAAGUGCCGAGCCUGUGAAGAACAGCAGCCCAGCACCACCUCAGCCUGCUCCCAGCAAGGUGGAGCCUGGAGCUGGGGAUGCAAUAGGCCUCGGUGACAUCACACAACAGCUGAAUCAAAGUGAAUUGGCAGUGUUAUUGAACCUGCUGCAGAGCCAAACCGACCUGAGCGUCCCUCAAAUGGCACAGCUGCUUAACAUCCACUCCAAUCCAGAAAUGCAACAGCAGCUGGAAGCCCUGAACCAAUCCAUCAAUGCUCUAACGGAAGCUACUUCCCAGCAGCAGGACUCAGAGCCCAUAGCCCCAGAGGAGUCUUUGAAGGAACCACCUCCUGCCUCAGUGGCCCUGCCUUCAGCAGAACAGACAACCCCUGAAGCUUCAAGCACACCAGCUGACGUGCAGAAUAUGUUGGCAGUUCUCUUGAGUCAGCUGAUGAAAACCCAAGAGCCAGCAGGCAGCCUGGAGGAAAACAACAGUGACAAGAACAGUGGGCCACAGGGGCCCCGAAGAACUCCCACAAUACCACAGGAGGAGGCAGCAGCAUGUCCUCCUCACAUUCUUCCACCAGAGAAGAGGCCCCCUGAGCCCCCCGGACCUCCACCGCCGCCACCUCCACCCCCUCUGGUUGAAGGCGAUCUUUCCAGCGGGCCCCAGGAGUUGAACCCAGCCGUGACAGCCGCCUUGCUGCAGCUUUUAUCCCAGCCUGAAGCAGAGCCUCCUGGCCACCUGCCACAUGAGCACCAGGCCAUGAGACCAAUGGAGUACUCCACCCGACCCCAUCCAAACAGGACUUAUGGAAACACUGAUGGGCCUGAAACAGGGUUCAAUGCCACUGACACUGAUGAACGCAACUCUGGUCCAGCCUUGACAGAAUCCUUGGUCCAGACCCUGGUGAAGAACAGGACCUUCUCAGGCUCUGUGAGCCACCUUGGGGAGUCCAGCAAUUACCAGGGCACAGGGUGGCAGCAGCAGCAGGGAUGGCCCCCAAGGAAUUUGGUGAAGUCCAUGGGUUACCUCACGUCCAGAGCCUGGCAAAAACAGUCUCUUUCACAGAACCAAAAGCCAGGUUCAGUGGGAGAUUUCACCUGUUCCAACACUGUGCAAGACACCAGAAGUAGAGGCCUGCAAGCCUGUUUCCUCUAUCCCUAAUGCCCAGACGGGGUGGGUCACCAGCCUCCAGUGCCAACCUCACCCUUCUUGCCUGCUGGUGAAACCAAGACCCAGAGAGGGGAAAUCAGUUGAAUCCUGUCCUGGAAUUGCUUUGUAUUCCUGAGUUUGGAGAAUUCUUGGGAACGCAGGGAAAGGAAAGAUUCCUAGAAAUGAAGAAGAAGGCUGUGGCCCUGCAGGGUGAGGGAUCAUCUGCCCAGUUGCUCCUGGCUGAUCCAGAGAUGAAUGGUUGGAGAAAGGGACAGACCAGCCACUCUUCAUGCAGGGAGAUGAGAACAGCACCACUCCCCCAGCUCUCCCUGGCCGCAUCAGAAGCUCAGAGUCUCCUGUUGAAACCCCGCAUAAUAAAGCUCAGUCCUGAACUAAACCAACACAUCACCUGGCCCUGGCUGACUCCACUCCUGGCUACCUCAUCCCCCCCAGUCUAAGAGGACUUGUGAAUCACCAGGAUCUGAACCCAGGAUCCCUAGUCUCUGCUGCCCCCCUGACCACUGGGGUGGGGAGGACUCAUCAGUCUACAUUCUUCCCCACAAGUAUAUCAAGGCCAAGACUGUCUUAGGCCUAAAUUGCCCUCCUGGCUCUUACGUGGAGAGAAAAGAGGAAAGACCUUUGGACCUGGCCUUGAGAUCCUGGAAGAGCCCCUUUGGACCUAGCCUUGGGAUCCCAGCAUCCUCUUUACGAAAUUAUUCUCUUCCCUGAGCAUCUCUAAGCCUCCAACUGGGCUGCCUGGACCUGAGCAAAUACAGCGAGUUCUUAGACAAAGGGAGACCACUGUUUACUGGCUCUUUCCCCUCCUCCUCACACUGAGAUUUCCUGACACUCGGAAGUCCUGAAUGUGGCUGGGAAGACAGCUACCUUCCUUUGGAGCCAAGAUGGCUCAGCCCCAGAAGCAAGGCCAGAAUGACAUCUUUCUCCAAGACCCAGUCCCCAGCUCCUCUUCAUGGAAGACUAGUGCAGAAGAGGAAGUAGGUUAGGGAAUGGUAGGGCUCUAUGUGAUGGGACUAAUCUGGAGAAGCAGCGAGAGGCCUGGGGCCUUUCACUGGAGACUGGAUGGCUGGGGCUGGAGGUCUGAGUUGACAGGAGGCUAAACCUGGGCAGCUCCUUUGUUCCAGAAAUCUGGGGUCCCUGGAGUGAAGCUCAGCUUGGGGAGGGGGAGAAGGAGCUAACAUUACAGAGCUCCACCUGUGAGCCAGGCAUAAUGCCAGAGCCUUUCCAUACAUGUACUGACAACUAGCGUGUGAGGAGUCAGGGCAAAUAGGUGUCUCAUCAGCUCCCAGCAUCCCUGCACAGGUGACCACCUUCUCCUUUUAUUCUGUGAUGUCACUGCCAAUUCUCCUACAGCUUUGACUGCUCCUUCUGUGUCUCCUUUGCAAGCUCAUCCUUGACACCUUAGACUCAGUCAGGUUUCCCAGUUAUACACUUUCAUUAUAUAUCCAUCUUUCAGAGCACUUAGCAGAGUUAUCUCAUACUUAUUUGUGUAUUCAUUUGAAUAAUGAUCCUAGUUUCAUUGGAUGGGAAGUUCCAUGAGGGCAGUGACCAUAUCUGUGCUUGCCAAUGUGCUCCCAGUGCCAGCAACAGUGCCUAGCAUAAAGCAGCUGUUUGGUAAAUAUUUGUUGAAUGAAUGAAUAAAUGACAAAGGGAUAUCUCUCUGGCCUAAACUCAGCUUCUUAGCCACUCCCUCACCCUGAGCUGACCCACCCCAAUGCAUGGACCAGGGAACAGGGUACCUGGGAGGUCAAGCUGCCUUGUUCUCUCUGGAAAGAGCUAUCAGGCCAGGACCAGCCCUAGUUCCAAGAUACGGGGCCUCUCUGUGCCAGAGUCUGGCCCUGCCUGUCUGCUCUCUAGCUUCUCCAAGGAUUAAGAGAAUUCAGAGUCCCCCCAAUUUUUUCCCACAUGGGGGCCUGAGAUCACUCAUGUGAGCUGGAAGGGAGAGGAGUUCCAUCAGAGAAGGGUGCUCUGAAGAAAAUCUCUCUUUUCUGCCUUAGUUGGGACUGCAGAGACCAUCUGCUACUGCCCCUCUGUCUGCUUCUGUCCUCUUCCCCUGGGCUUCAGGGAAGGAGAUGGUUAAACCAAGUAGGAAGGAUAGACACUUUACCAAAAGCAGGACAGGCUGAUUGCUCCUUGAAAUGUCUGGGAAGCUGGGUUAUGAGCCUCAGCCAGGUAACUGGAGCAGAGGAACACAGGAUCCAGGAACAGCAAAUCCUUUGGGGCUGUACUCUCUAGACCCUGGGAAGCAGGGGGUGGACAAAAUGACCUCUAGGAGGUAUCCAGCCUCCAGCCCAGGGCUCUGUCUGACUCCUUUGCUGCCGUUGCCAUCUGACCUCAAACAAUAUUCCCAAGUCUGUGAAGAUUUAAAGUUAGGCCAGGCCUGGUAGCUCCUUGCUCUCUGUGGCCACUCCCCAUUACUAACCUUGGACAAGCACACGGUUACCGACCUCCCGGCCCAGAGCAUCUCUCUGACCCAGCUCAGUGCCAAUACCCAGUCCUCACAGCAGCCUCUCACUCAGUCCCUUUAUCCUAACAGUCUCCAAAGCACCCAGGUAUCUGGGGUCAUGGAUCUGGGAGCCAUUCUGAGCAGUGUUUCUCUCUUUGACCCCACCUGUUCUCUGGGCCCCUAAUGAAGCAGGACAACUCAGGCUGCAGGCCAAGUCCUUGUGUCCUUAUCAAAGGCAACAUCUGUCCCCUCUAAGAAGAUAACCCUGGGGGAAAGGGGUGAGACAGGCACAAGGGAGAAACCCCAGUCUUGCCUGGGCCCUCACCCCACAUUCCACUGCAGGCAUACCUUGGGAGUGAGGGCCAAGAGAGCCACAGAGGCCUACACUCACACAUACCCCUGCAUGGGCCUUCCUGCCUCUCAGCCCCCACAUAUGAGAGCCCCUCCUGGGCUUACCCAACUACCUGGGCUGCUGCUGCUGCCAAGCGGCCUUCUUUUAUUCAUGCGUUGUUUUAUUGCUGGCAAAUGCUGCUGCUUGCCACUGUUGGAGGCGUUCCUGCCAAAUCCAUCCCAACAUCUUGGCCUGGCAUCAGGGCGGCAUGCUAAUGUGGAAAUUUAAAGAGCCGCUCGGCUUUAAAUCGGAAUUUUAAAUGAGCAGCAGUGCUCCGAUGGGACCCAGGCAAAAUCGAACAGUAUCUGAUCCACCCUUCCUCCUCCCACACCCACAGCAUCACCCCAAGUUCCUCCCACCUCUCCCUUUGAUUUGAACACUAGAGGAGGUAGUGGCAUGGGACACAGUAGGGGAAUAGGGAGGGAAGAGGGAGUUACCAGGGCAGAGGAAUUGUUGCAAGAUGGGGUCAUCUGGACCAGUAAGGAGCUGGGGUCCCCUACUCAGGACCAAGAAGGGAUCUACUUCUUGCUGUCACGGGCAAAUGGCCAAAUGGAGGGCGCAAGGCUGGCUGUAGUGAAACUGAGGUUUACUCCCUCACUUCCCAUUUGCCAGAAAUCAGGAAGAGAAGGCCUGCUCUGCAGAGAAGAGAGAAGGUAGAAUUCCAUGAAGACAUUCAACACAUAGCAUACAUUUGUGCACAGUGGGAUGUGUGUACACAGCUGUGCGUGCGGGUUGGGAUGCUUGCUGAGGUCCCUGUAGCACAUGUACAUGUAACUCACACACCACCCAUGCAUGGAGAGGAAUUAUCAACACAUGGAGGGCAGUCUUUCUUUCCCUAUCCAGGCCGCUAUCCUAACCCCAGAGCAAGCUGGCCUCUGCAAGUUGCUAACCUACCUAAACUGUGGCCCAGGUUUUUCUGCAGCUCUGAAUUCCCCAGUUCCUGGCAGCUACCUGGAGUCAGAUGUGGAGAUAGAUCCCCCCAGCUCCUCUACCAGGAUGGGGGCAGGGGGCACCUGAGGUCAUCCUGUGCACCUGUCUUGGCCACAGUGUGGUGCCUUCUCUGUUAACCACCAGAUGACAGGCUCAGACAUCUCAUCUGGGAGAGGUGGUGGGCACAGCCUUGGUUUCAGAGGGAAGAAGGGGCUAAUGGGAGGUGAAAGAGGCAGAAUCUGUGCCUCUCUGUGGUCCCUUCUCCUUACCUGUCUCCAAGAGUUAAAUGGCCCCUCAUUAUCAGAAAACAUUUUUUGAGUACCUGCUCUCAAGGAGGCAUCAUGCUUAGUUUAGCACAGUGCCUCACAAUUUUCUGGGUUGAUGGCAGCCCGGAGAAUCUGGUUGUGCUGUCCCCAGUGGAGGGUCCACAGUAACUCACAUGGUAACCUCAGCCUUACCCAUAUUAGGCUGCCAGGCCAAAGGAUGCUCCCAGACCUUCCCCAGGAUUCCCCCUCCCUUUAAGAAGGAGCCAGCUCCUCCAGGGGCUGGUAUGGCUGCCAGCCAAGAGGCUUGGGGCAGGCCUGGGGCAGGCAGCUGGCACCUGCCCACCAGAUCCCCAAGGAAUGCCCUCCUCCCCCACCCCCACAGCCCCAUUUAGAUGGGCCCUGGGCUACCAGGAGAUGGAGCUCACUUCUCCCCAUUCCCAGAAAAAAUCUCAAGGUGGACAGCCCAUCACCUCCCUUUUCACUGUAACCUGCUCCAAGAUCCUCCACCCAGAGUAGAUACACUACAGACCCACCAAGCAAUUUUUCCAGGCAGGACCAAGUGCAUAAUAUGGUAGGUGUUGAACUGGGCCUAGGUAAGAGAACUUGAGGGGAAAGGCCUGAGCUGCAUUCUGGGAGAAGUUGCUGAGGUCAAGAGACGUAUGAGGAAGAACAACUCUAUGCAAUGAGAUAGGACAGGGAGACAUGAAGUGGAGGGCCUGAAUGAAUCUACUUCUUAUCUAAUUAGCAGCAUGCAAAUAAUAUGCAAAUAACACCCUCUUUGUUUAGAGACCACAGGGUUGGUGCUUUUUGGAAGUCCAUUGCAGAGGGCCCUCCAUGCAGCAUCUCUGAGACUCUCAGACUUGGGACACCCACGCUCAAGAGAGAGGCCAAAGUGCAGCCAUCUGGUUUUAGCUUAUUCCCUGGAUUGGCUCAUUUUCUGUGGGCCUCAGUUUCUCUAUGUGUAAAAUGGCAAGAUUAAUUCAUUGAUUCCUAAGGCUUUUUUCCAGUAUUGACAGUCUGGGGUUCUCUGAUCUGGGGCACAGGGCCAGUGCAGGGUGGAGGGGUUGAUUCCAUUUGCGAGGAGGAAGCCAACGUCUUCGGCUCUCUUGCCUCUGCUGCCCACCUCAGCAGUUCCGUCAUGCCACUCCCCAUUCCCCACACACCUGUCAUCCCAAAUGUGGGCAGUUUCUUGAAAGCAGUGUCUCUCCUACUGCGUGUCUUUUCCCAUGUUGUUUCCUCUGCCUGGAAUGCCCUUCCUGCUCUAGCCCCUCAUCUGGCUAAGUGCCCUCCAACUCCACUAGCCUUACCUACCUUACCCCUCCACUCCCCAGUUCUGGCAAGGUGGCUCCCUUCUGGGUGCCCCUAUGCACUGUCUGUUUACUUCUCUCUUUUCCCACUAGGCCAUGGACUCCUGGGAAUCCCCAAUAUAAGUGCAUUAGUUUCCCAGGGCUGCUGUAACAAAUUACCACAACCUUGUGUCUUAAAACAACAGAAAUUUAUUCUCUCACAUUUCUGGAAGCCAGAGGUUCAACAUCAAUUUCACUGGGCCAAAAUCAAAGUGUUGGCAGGGCCACACUCUCUCUGGAGGCUCUAGGGCAGAAUCUGUUCCUUGCCUCUUUCAGCUUCUAGUGGCUGCUGCAUUCCUUUACUCGUGACCCCAUCCUUCCAAUUUCUGCCUCCAUCUUCACUCUUCACAUCACCUUCUGUUCUCCUGUGUGUGUAUAAUCUCUCUUUGCCUCUCUCUCCCUCUCUCUCUCUUUUUUUUUUUUU